CUUCCACACACGUGCCCGUCUGCGCCCGCGAAACAUCGCCCGCUCUUAGUCCUUUAAGCACAAGCUACCCGAUUACUUCCUUGGGCAUAAGACAAUCCACCAAAUCCUUCACUUACCCACCAUCCCGUUAUCUGUCGGUUUCCCCAGGGGUGGAGACUUGGGUUCCUAAGAUAAUCUGGAUUUAUGCUCUGCACGUCCCCAAGCUCUUCAUUUGACCUCGGUUGAAUUGACUUUGCAUCCUACCUUCUUGGAAGCCAUUUCCAGCGUUCAACAAGACUAUUUUCCCGUCUAUCGUGUCUCAUGGCCUACGCUAGUGACUUUUGAUUCUCCUUGGGAUUUUUUUCCUCCUUCAAAAAAGAUCUACAAGCGCGUUGCUUGAAGCGCAGAAACUUGGAUCCACGCUCCUCCAUCCACCCCCAUUACCCCAACCCCGCGACAGAGUAUGUCGAAUGAGAGCGCCGCCGAAGAUUCGAAACAAGCCGCUCCGGAGUCUUCGCAAAUGCGGUGGCAAUUUAUCGAUGCGUCCGACAACAGUCGGAGCAAUCUGACACAAGUCAAACGACAUGUAAUGCAGGAGUACAUGCGUCAAAAGCGCGACAACGAGCAAGACGACCAGGAAUCCCCGGAACCAACCAAAAGCGCCCGGCAGCCAACACACCGCCAAUCGAGAAAACCGCGAUCUUCAGCCAAAAACGUGAAAAACGUGAACGAGAAAGCGAAGAAAGGGAAGAAGAAUAAUGGCGAAAAACAAAACGACUCCAAGCCUCAGCCUGCGCAGGGUGACAGAAUUCCAGUUCUCCAGUCUCAGACAUCAGAUGAUGACGACAUUGUGGAGGAGAUCGAACGGUAUUUUGUCACGAAGCCUGCAAGUCACCCAUACAAGGGAACGGCCAUUCCGGUUCCUGGACUGUUUCCUCCCGAAAUUCUCGACCAGUACACUCUCAACGAUCAGAGCAGUGUAUCCGAGUUUAGUAGUGGGACACCCCUUUCCUCGACCCCGACGUCUCCCUUCAACCUCGGUCUUUCUCCCAAAUCCAUCCUCAGCGCCGCUCGGACGGAUCCUUUCAAUUCUCUCCCCAUGGACUUGGGUCUUGAGGGCCAGAGGUUGUUCGAUUUCUACGUGAACGAGAUGCCGGCCUGCUCUUACGGCUCGCAUUUCCGAUCUCACAAAGCUCAUAAUUGGUAUACGGCCGUUUUUGUUCCGGAAGGCAUGAAAGGACCGGUGGCAUUUCAAAACACGAUCCUUGUCCACGCGGCCAACACGUGGGCGUGGGUUCGGAAUGAACAGGAGACUGAAUACACAUUAGCCCAUCGCAAUCGAUCAAUUUCCAUGCUCCGAGAUCAUAUGGCGAAAAACCCGGGGGAUAUCUCUGAUCAGGUCAUCAUAGCCAGUCUCAGCGCUGCAGGGCUUGAGGAUUUUGAUCCUCGACCGGGACGCAAACCAGUAAGCUGGGUACACAUGCGAGCCGCGAGGGAAAUGAUUCGUGCUCGCGGAGGGCCGGCUGCAUUUGAGGGAACGCGGUUGGGGAUGCUGAUCAACUGGCAAGACUACAUUCUAUCGGGCUAUGAAACCAACGGACCGAGCUUUUUCUUCGAACAUAACCCUCUUCCACAACGACUGUCUGAACACGGUCAAUUAUCACGCUCGAUAUCUUCAGUACCCAUCACCGAAAGUACGUCACGCAUGCCGGGGCUUGGGCUCGCCGGAGCUGCUACCCCUCAGCAGUAUUAUUCGCCCACGGAUGAGCUUCAACACCAGUGUGAUGAGUUCAUUGAUUUCCUUAGACGUUGCGAACAGCUCGCUUUUCAGCAACAAAGUGUCUAUGAUGAGGCCGUGCCGUCGAUGCGACGCGCCGCGUUCCAAGAAAAUGCACUCCUCUAUCAAAUCAUCUCUGCACCACCCGGUCUACGAUUCACAGCUUCGGGGAAUCGUAAGCAAUUUGUUGCACGCCUGGUCGCUCUCAUUAUGUUGAAUGCAGGUCUUUGGGACUAUCGGUUUUCCAUCCAGCACAGUGAAACCUUCCUGCAAACUUUGCAGCUAGCCAUACUGGAUAGCGAAGUCGAUGUCAGUGGCUCAGUCGAGGCGCUGCUCCAAAUAAUGCUCGAGUGCAACGACGGGACUGUCACUGUAGGGGACCAUUUAUUCCUUGCUACAUCUCUGGGCAUUGAAGGUUUCCCUGACUACACGCAAUAUUCGCCGACUGCUCAGACUCCAUUCGGCCGGCCUUGGUUCGCAGGGCGGAUGCUCAAAGUAGCAAAGCGACUCGGCUUAGAAUCUUGGAUGAACAUUCAUGAUUUCCUUUUCUCGUGCCUGACCCUACAACCCAUGGUCGGAUGGAUUGAUCUGUGGGAGGAUGUGCUCCGAGAGGAAAUUCUCGGUGCACCGCUCACGAGCUAUAUCAUGCCCUCGCUAGCAGCAUGAUAUGUGCUUUUGUGACGUUAUUGGAAAAGUCUCAAUCCGGCAUUUUGUUUUCCUCGCUCUCUUGUUUUUUCUUCCUGCUCGAUUUCUUUUAGCCUGGAUCUUACUUGAUUUUGGAGACGGAUUGCUCUAAUUUCCCCAAACUGUACACAAUUUUCUCUAGGACACGGCGUCUUUUGGAUACGAUAGAAUAGCUAUAGCAUGGGACAUACUGCAUGGACUGGCGAGUUAAGGAUUUGCAUAUUGUUGGUUCAAAUCUCCAGCUGAAACUCUGAUACUUAAU